GUUGUGCAGGUUCGGUAUCCCCAACGACCGACGCCGAAGUAGCGGGGAAAUCGCGACGGGGGACUUCGCUGGGAUCGCCUUAAUCCUGCAGGCAAACAGCCGUAGAAGGUUGGCUUUAGAAUCUCCAAAGAAAUACAUCUAGGUCGCGCACGCCGGAGAUGCCGACAAGCGGCGGCAAUAGCGGUGGUCGGCGCGGCGCCCAGAUCCAGCGUCCGUCGCUGAUAACAAGAGCGGUCAACUCAGUCUUCAGUUUUGUUCGCUUGGCCGAGUUCGAGAUCCUUUUCUUCGUUUUCUUCGUAAUCGCCUUCCUCAAAUUCAAGGAUUUGAUAUCACGCCCCGAAUACAAUCAGAUAUUUGUGAAGAAGCCUAUUGAUGACAGUGACGAAUGGCCUUACUGAUUCUUCUUGACUCUGACCAUGUGCUGUUGCAGCAUAAUGGCAUCAACCUUGGUCCAACACUGGCAUAUGUUUUUAUUAUAAGUAAUGUCUGCAAACUGCUAUAAAAAAAGGUAGUAUGGUUUGUAAUCCCUUGCUUUUUCUGUCUCUCUCACGGAAAAUAUUUGUGUACGUAAGACGUACGCAGCGCUGCGUACGUCGGGAGGUUAUUCAAAGGGUAUGGGGGGUUAUAUCUGCGUUAUACCACUUGUAAUUUUCUUAUAACCUACCUGUAACCUACAAAUAUGUUCUUCGCUUUUGUAGUUCCGGUAGGUACAGGUAAGUUACAGGGUGGUUACAGGGGGUAUAAUGCGAAUAUAACCCCCCUAUACCCUCUGGAUAACCUCCCGACGCACGCAGCGCUGCGUGCGUCUUACGUACGCAAAUAUUUUCCCUCUCUCACACACACAAACUCUGCGCUUUUGUAAAGAAUUUUGAUUCUUAAUGUUUGUUGGCUUGAAAAA